AUGCAGCCUCCCAGUACCGUCAAAGAUUUGCAACGGCUAACUGGUCGACUGGCUGCCCUCAGUCGCUUCUUGAGCAAGGCGGCAGACAAAACUAUACCCUUCUUCGAGGCCAUGAAAAUGAAGGAAGGCUUUGCAUGGACAGCCGAGUGCCAGCACUCGUUCGAAGAACUGAAGCAAUAUCUUUCUACGCCUCCGGUGUUGUCCACCCCUCAGGAAGGUGAACCUUUGUUCUUAUACCUAGCCGCCUCCCCCAAGGCGGUAAGCUCAGUACUGGUUCGAGAAGAGGAGCGUACCCAGCACCCGGUGUAUUACGUAAGCCGCUCCUUAAAUGAGGCCGAGACGCGGUACACAGCCUUGGAGAAAAUUGUUUACGCGCUAGUGAUCACCGUGCGCAAGUUGGCGCCCUAUUUCCAGGCUCAUACCGUCCGAGUCCUAACCGAUCAAUCUCUAGGGAGCGUGUUGCAAAACCCUACAUCGUCCGGUCGACUGGUAAAAUGGGCCAUGGAACUAACCCAGUACGGGUUCGAGUAUCAACCACGACCGUCCAUAAAAGGGCAAGCCUUGGCCGACUUCUUGGUUGAGUGCACAGUAGGGGAAGGCGAGAAGGAGGGCAUCAUACAGGAUAGCCCAGGCGCAUGGUGGGAACUACACGCGGAUGGGGCCGCAAGUCGACAACACUGCGGAGGGGGAGUUAUGCUAAUUACCCCAGAGGGCUUCCAGCUUUACUACGCCCUGAGCUACUUGUUUUCGACAUCCAAUAACAAAGCCGAGUAUGAGGCUGUGUUGGGCGGUCUUCGACUCGCCAAAACACUGGGAGUGAAACGGUUGCGAAUCAAGACCGACUCCCGGUCAGUGGUCGGACAAAUCUCCGGCACCUGUGAAGCUAAGAACGUUCGGAUGGCCCAGUAUAAGGGAAAAGCAAUAGAAAUGCUGGCGGAAUUCGGAGCCUAUGAGAUAGAGCACAUCUCUCGGGCAGACAACGUCGAGGCCAACAUACUAUCAAAAAUUGCCUUAGAAGGAGUGCGAGAUCACCUCAUCAAGAUUUGCCAAAGGGAAGAAUUAAGUCGGCCUAGUAUAGAGGAGACGCCGUUGGAAGUCCAACAAGUAGUCAUUGAGGAGUGGGAUCGAGAGAAAAACCCCGAGAUGUUCUGGAUAGAAGACAUCCGGCGAUUUAAGGAAACGGGCGAGUUACCAAAUGACCCCGGAGUCGCAGCAAGGGUUCGACGAAAAGCCCCUUCGUUUCGGAUCAUUGACGGACAGAUAUACAAGCAAUCAUUCGGAGGACCCCUCUUGAAGUGCCUGCUCAGGCCCGAGACCGAGAAAAUAAUGGACGAAGCUCACCGGGGAAUCUGCGCUGCCCAUCAAGGAGCCCACACUCUCGCUCGGAAACUAGUCGUCCAAGGGUACUACUGGCCAACCAUGAUGCGGGACUGUAUCGAGUGGAUAGCUAAGUGUGGCGUUUGCCAAGCCUUCGCUCGAAAGGAUAAUCGGCCGGCUAUCUUCUACACACCGGUCACCACGGCCAUCCCUUUUUCUAAAUGGGGGAUCGACUUGUUGGGCCCGUUACCAGUCGCCCCUGGAAGCUUGAAAUUCUGCGUCGUGGCCAUCGAUUACUUCACCAAAUGGGUAGAGGCCGAGUCGUUGGCCACUAUCACCGAGUACCAAUGUCGACGCUUCCUGUGGAAAAAGACUAACGGACAAGUUGAAAAUGUAAACCGGACCAUAGUCGAUGGGAUUCGGAAGAAGUUGGAAGACAUCGGGGGAAAUUGGGUAGAUGAGCUCGACCGGGUCCUGUGGGCUUACCGAACUACGCAAAGACGGGCGACGGGAGAGAGCCCAUUUUCCCUAGCAUACGGCUUCGAGGCCGAAGUUCUGAUAGAGGUCGUGGAACCCACCCACCGAGUUCACAGCUAUUCUGACGAAGAGAAUGAAGAAAGCCUUAGAAUUGAGAAGAAUUUCUUGGAAGAAAGAAGGGAGGUCGCGUGCGCCCGGAUGGUUGAAUACCAACAAGCCGUAAAGAGGUAUCGCGAUUGGAGGAUUCGCCCACGAGCCUUCCAGGUCAGCGACCUCGUGCUACGGGACCGACAGGCGAGCCAGCCUACGGAAGGGGGCAAUUUUGCAAUCAAGUGGGAAGGACCAUAUCGCAUUGCAGCCGUGGUCCAAGCCGGUACCUACAAGCUGGAGACCCAAGAGGGAAAGCCCGUGGACCGAAUUUGGAAUGUCAUCCAGUUGAAAAAGUUUUACCAAUAA